GGUCGCUAUGCCUCUGAGUGACAGACGUGAUGUUUUUUGAUGGAUGACCCCCGAAACCCACAGUUAUCCAACGGAUGACGGGUAUUCUAGUAUACUACUAAAAGUCAAGUUUGUUUACAUGUUUGAAUAUUUAUUUGUUUGCCUGAUCGAAAAUUGUGAUAUGUUCGACUCUAUCUGGAAAGCUGUAAAAUGGUAUGCAGGUAGAGAAUAAUUUUUUAAUGCAGACAGACUGUUAAUCACACAUUUAUUUAAAGACGUUAAUUAAUUUAUUGAUUUAUUCCUACGCAGAAUAACCCAUUUUUUUUUAAAAUGUUAAAACCUUGACUAAACUUUGUGGGAAUAGUGACGUCACAGGUUUUUGUUUACUCUUUAGUACAAUAAAAUGGCGGCGUCUUUUGAAGAAAAUUGUGUUCCCAUUCAAAAGUUUAACGCGUUCUAAAUCUAAUUUUCUGUCGGUCAUAACUUUAACAAUACGUCCGUUUGCUACAGGAUAUGGCAGUAAAUCAGAUGAUCGAAUGCGGCAGAGUAAAGCCAGGCUAUGAUGAUUGAAAGAAAUGAAAGAACUAUUUUUGAUACUUGUAUUACUUUGUGUUGAGUCCACCCGCGCGGAAUAUUGCGCAAUUAAUCAAUUGCCGUUAGAGAAAUACGAGCAAGAAUAUGACACUAAAUACCCAAAAAUACCUGUGAAAAAGAACUUACCAUCGCCGCCAUUAUUCAAACAAGGCGAAUGUGGCGUGUCUAAAAACGACCAAUCGAAGCAGAUCGUCAACGGCAAAGAUGCUCCAGUGAAUGCCUGGCCCUGGCAAAUUUGGUUUCGUUCGAGUUUAGGAAUCUGUGGAGGAUCUAUCAUACAUCGUGAAUGGAUAAUUACAGCUAGCCACUGUGGUCGAGAUCAAGUCAAUGAUGUCUACUAUGGAAGCAACAGUCGCCAAAGGGCAAAUAGAACAAAGACCAAAACACGUUUUCGACCUCCUGGUAGAGGUAAUGAUAUGGCGCUUUACAAACUUUCUUCACCGUUAACGUUUUCAGACUCCGUGCAGCCAAUUUGUUUUCCGGAGGGCAACGUUUGGGACGCCUCGCCUUGUUUUGUCACAGGUUGGGGUGACACGUCAUUUAGUGGCAGUGCAACUCCGGACAUUCUUCAGCAGUUGCGCAUCAGAAUAAUAAACCAUGACAUGUGCCAAGCUGGUCAUUCAUUUAAAGACGAAAGUUAUAAUGUAGGUCGUUAUUUCUGCGUGGAUAACGUGGAGUCAGCCAAUGGAAAAUACGCGGCAUCUUACAUUGGAGACUCUGGCGGACCCGUGAGCUGCUUAAAGAAUGGACGUUACUACCUGGUUGGUACUGUCGCCCAUUCAAUAAAAAUGGAUGAAAAGGCUAUGAAAUUUUAUGUUUCUGUACCCAGUAACGCUCAGUGGAUAGCUGACACUAUUAAUAAAAAUUCGUAGCCACAUUUUAAAGACUUUCGUGAAUGAUCGCUCUAAUACAGCCUGCUUAAUGAUGAGAUCACUCGUCUUUACCUGCAUGA